AUUUUUUAUUCGACGGUCGCAUGCAUCCGUCUCCAUUUUCAACAGGCAAAGCGCCGCGACAGGAGCACCAAGCCGCCCUCGUCAGCAGCCGUGCGGUAGCAGCGAGUGCUCUACAUGCAAAGCAGCGAAAUUAAUCUGCGGAAAUAAGUGGAUAUUUACGCACUGCUUACGUAACUUUACUGGACUAUUUAUUCUACUGUUGUUAUUUUUUUUUCUUCUAUCCACCCUAAGUUUUUUUUUUAAUUGCACAAUUCGCAUUUUGCAUUUUUAACUGAUUUAAACUAAAAAUGGAGAAUCAAGAAAGCAAGUACCUCCCGGAGCUCCUCGCAGAGAAGGACAGUCUGGACGUGUCAUUUACGCACGCGAUGAAACUUUUAUCUGCAGGUAAAAACAAAUGUCAUUGGCAACAUUUUGCUGCUUCAUUCGGUCAAAAGGAUUUAUAUUUUAUGGAGUGCGUUAAGGUUUUUUGCUAUGUGCGUUUUGAAAAGGACGCACCUUGGCUGGACUGUGUUGGCUAGACGGGACGGGUAUAGCGGGUCUGUAAACCCCUGCAAACAAUACAUCCCGUUCAUAGCUUGGCUACGACCCGUCACCACACCGACAUCCCGUUCAUAGCUUGGCUACGACCCGUCACCACACCGCAGUUAGGCUACAGGGUGACACGUGAUCUAGACACGGGUUUAGCAAACGUUGGAAACAAAUGGUUGAAUGGAACCAUGAAAAUAGCUUUCCUAAUCGAGUUUGUGAACUUCCCCUUCUGAAAUAUUUAACUCCCUUGAAAAUGCGCACGUAGUAGCCUAGCCGAAAUCCCACUCUCAAAGCUGCAGCUCCCUCUAUAAAAAUGGGCCAAAUGGGCUUUCUAUAGCCUAUGUCCGCAAUCCCAAGAGAAAUACGGAGUUUGACAGGAUGUUCUGGGGGUGUUUUUGUCUGCCAGACACAGUGCAGCCCUUAUUGUGUGUGUGGUAGUAGGUCCUAGCAAACCACCAUCACCAAAGCUCAAAAAGACUGUUUGCUGUCCUCUGGGUGGUAGGCCUAAUCCCAAAAUAUGUUGUAUUUUGGAUAGAGAGAAUGCUAUUCAGAGCUGCAUGUAGGUCACUUUGAAACUUGUAUAAUCUCAUGUCAAAGCUUACCAAGUGUGGUUAUUUAUUUUGAGUAGCCUACUAUUGAAGCGAAAGUUGCGAUCGUGGAAAAGACAACUAGGCUACGUUUUGUAUUGACCAGCAACACCCGCCCAAGGGUAGAUUAUUGAAUUGGACAACAGUAGGGGUUGGAGGUCAAUUUGAUACAUUGUAACAGCGUAUGUCGAUAAACACAUUGUAACAGUGUCAAUUUGAUACAUUGUACCGUGUGUGUCGACAUGGUAACAGCGUCGACACAUUGUCUGUGUUUGUUGUUACAUUGUAACCGCGUGUGUAACAACAUGUGUAUCGCCACAGCGUAAGAAUGUAGCGUUUGUCUGCAAAAACACGUGUCCUAUUGCUAUUCCGCCAGUGAGAGACGCUAUGUGUUUAUGGGCCGGUUUCCCGGACACAUUUUAAGUCUAGUCCAGGACUACGUUUAAUCUGUGACUGGGAAAACGGCCCUUUCUGUUAAAUCAGAUGAUCAAAAUAUUACAGAUAAGAUGCUGAAAGGCUUUUGUCUGGAGAAGCGCAACAGUGAGUUGUUAAACGUUUUUCCGAAAUGUGUAUAACCUAGAGUCCCAGCUGGCUCUGACACACUUUUUCAGUGAGGAAAUAUGUUUUUCCAUCGGUCCUUUCAACCCAUGUGUUUUGCAUUAUAACACAGACCACCUGGGAUGGAAAUCUAACGCAGUACUGUAUCUUACCAUUUGAUGGGGGUGUGGAGGUAGUUUAUAGAUAUUGUGUAGCGGGAUGGCCUGAAUUGGGAGAGAAAAAAAAAAAAAACGUUAGUCAGUGUUUCCUUAAUUGUGUAUGUUGUUGGGAUCUCUGGUGGAUGACAGUCAGUCAGUGUGUCUUUGAGAUCACAUAUGAAGGCAUGAUGGUUCAUUGCUGCUGGAUAAGUGGCUUGUUUUAUUUAGUGCCUCAUCAAGAUACUGUAUCACAGUGAGACUUGGAAAUGCCAGGGUAAAUCAACCUGGUGCUACUGACCUUGACUUAUGAGCGGAUGAGAUAAAGGUUUUCUGUCAUUAAGCUCAUUCCUAGAGACUCAGACUGGUAUCCGGGCUGGGACUUUGUCUGUCGUUAAGCUCAUUCCUAGAGACUCAGACUGGGAUCCGGGCUGGGACUUUGUCCAACACCUUUAAACGUCAUCAAAGCUGGCUGAGCGGUGGGCUAUAUAUGCCUACUACACGGGCGGGCAUUACAGGUGUAAAACAGGUUGCAUAAGUUUGCUACUGUGUACAUCUCACCUUGGCUUUUGUCCCUCAUGGAGUCUUUGUCCUGUACUGAUAAUAAUUCCGAUUGUAGUCCUAGAUACGGCGCGCUAUAUAGUGCCUAUAGACGACUGUGGUGGUGUGUGACUGGCCGGUCAAAAGAGUACAGAGCAAUAGAUGCCUAGUGCCAGUCCAGUGUGUGUGUGGAGUACAGCGGCCCCUCAGACACCGCUGCUAGCAGCAAACCUCUGGCUCCCAGCUGCUUAGUGCAGUUGACAUGUUUGCUCGUGGCAUGCUGAGACACUGUCAAGGCAGGGGGGUGUGAGGCGGUGGUCUGAAAUGAAUUGUGUUGUUUCCAUACUGUAGAUUUAAAGGUUUCUUCCAUGGCUGUAUGACUUCUAACUAGUCAAUGGUCUGGGCAAUUAAAGGUGCAAUAUGCAGAAAUCGCUUCUGCCGUUUCCUGGUUGCUAAAAUUCGAUUAGUUCAGCUAAUUUCAGUUUAUUUGACCAAACAAGCAAGUAUAGUGUAGAGAAUCAUUAUACCAUCUAAACCGCUGUGAAAUAUAUUUUCAAUAACAAUUUUUUUUUGUAUUUUCAGCUGUUUGAAGCUGGUGUACAAAAUCAAAAGUAAAAGACGCAAAAACGAAACGUAAGAAUAGAAAGCAUAGAAAUAGCGCACAUAGAACAGACCUACCGCUUCUUAGACUGGCUUUCAAUGAGAACGACAGAUCUAUCAUUCACAUUUCUAUGUGAAGUUAGUCGGGUCGCCCAAAAAGUUACAUAUUGCAGCUUUAAUGUUUUCACAGAAAUUACAUUACAUGGUAACUGUAUUGUUAUAACAAAGUAGGAUGUGUUUGAAUCAAUUGAAUUCUCCAUUGUAGAAAUUGAGAGAAUCCAGAAAGGUGAGCCCAAAAAGGAAGGAGGAGACACGUACCUGGACCUUUUCACUGUCAAGAAUAUCAAACUGAAGGAACGCGUGCUCAUACCUGUCAAACAGUAUCCAAGGGUAAGCCUUCUCCCUUUUCUCAAACAUCUCCUCUCCUCUUUUCUCCUCUCCUUCAUUCAGCAGCAGGGCUUGAAUUACAUGGGUGACUAGGGGUAUGCAGGCCAUCCCAAAAAACAAACCACGGCAUGUGUUAAUAAGUGUUUCAGAGUGUCUUAAGUGUCUAAAUGUUGACCCCCCCCCCCCCCCCCCCCCCCCCCCCCCCCCCCCCGCCACUUCCCCACCACAGGUUUCUGUCUGGGAGUGGACAGAAACAGCACAAUACAAUAUUAUCAUGAUACUUGGGUGCCGAUACGAUGUAUUGCGAUUGUCACGAUUCUAUAUGAAUUGAUUUUCGAUACUGCGAUUUUAUUGCGAUUCGAUGUUCCAAACAUAUUGCUCAUCAUAUGUCUGCUGCAGAAGGGACAAGAAAGAGAGAGCCAUGAGAAAACGAGUUUCGAUCAGUCACGGAAAUAAAUGUGCUGAAACAAAUUGUGUUUUUGGUGGCAGAUAUAGCAAACUAGCGCAAAAAUAAUAUUGCAAUAUUGUCAAAACUAUAUGAUAUAUGGUCAAACAUAAUAUCCCCAAUAUGUAACUGUAUUGAUUUCCCCAACCCACCCUCCAUCACUAGUAGGCGUAGGGCAAAUAUAAGUGUAGUUAAAAGUGGUUCACCGAACUAUGCUUCCUUCUGUGAUGAGUCAUUUUUUUCUGAGACGGCAAGGCGUGUGUAGGCUUCAAAGGCUUUAGCUGGGUGGGCUGAUGCAUUGAUCCGUCGCUUGUGUAGGUGACUCCACUCAAACCAGAGAGACUGUCAACUUUUCUCUAGACAGGGGGUUCCCUCAAAUCAGAGCUUUGAGGUCUGGAGUAGUUCUGGUUUUAUUUGAAUAAUGUCACUAAUUGGUCAGAGAUUCCGGCCGCCCAGGGUUCUGAGUCGGUACAUGAUUAGAAGGAGAGAGAGAAUGAGAAGUGUUUUUUAGUCCGUCCAGAAUUAUAAUUGAAUAGCCCGUGCUCUCAACCAUGUUUUAGGGAUUAAGAGAGGUGACACAUUUCACCGUAAAAUGCUUUCCCUCCCGAGGGACAACGAUUAUUAAUCCAUUUCCUGGUACCUCAUUAUUUUAAGUAUCACUAAAACUCUGUAUUUACAUGGUGAUUACAUGGUUGGCAGAACUUUGCACAGUGUAACCACAGUGUGUGUGUGUGUGUGUGUGUGUGUGUGUGUGUCUGCAACCAUUCUACCAGACUGCGGCUUGCACAAUUGUUCCUUUAUAGUUGCUUCAUGUUUCAAAUGCUUUGGUUGCCUAGUUCCUUACGAUGGUGAAGGUCUGCCACAUUUGUAUUGGCAAAGGCGAUAUGACCCAUAGUGAUGUGAGGGCUGACCUAUAACCCGCAGUCCCCGCGGUUAUAUCCCCUGGACGGGCGGGUUUAGGGUAAUCGAAUAUUGUGUGGAUGAAGGGUGUGUGGACGAAGGGUGGGUGGGUUGAAUAAAGAAGAAAUUAUACACAAAUAAAUCCAUAAAUGUGUCAUUCAUAUCUAUAGGCUACAUCAAGGUCUCCCCCCCCCCCCCCCCCCCCUCAUUAAUUUAGGCUAUCUGGCAUUAGUACGUAAGCCUUGGAGCCUAACUGUACGCGCGCCAAAUAGCUUACACACCAAUCGCCAAAUGUAUUUGGGAACAGGCAGAAAGAGUUAAUGUCGAUCCACGGAGGGCAAAAAGGACAAUGUCUGAGUUUAAUUUCAGUAAGAGAAAAUCUGCGAAAGGAGAGUUUAAAAAUAAAGAGAAGGGAGGGGCCAGAAAAGUAAUAUUUGGGAAGUGGUAAAAGAGGAUGAUAGCAGUGCUUCAAAUAGGUCUAUGGUACGUCAAGGGAACUGUAGCCUACUGUUCAGAUGGAUUAAAUGGAAACUGAAAUCUGGACACUGACUGUAGGGCUAUAACCUCUCACAUAGCCUUAAUAUUAACUCCUGAAGAAUUAAAGAAACCAAAUGUAGGCAACAUUUUGACUUGGGAACAAGAGUGAAGAAAUAGGAUUUCGUUUUUUCAGCGUCUUGGGAGAAUGCAAAUGCAGUUCGAUAGCGUCUGUAAAGGUGCUGUCUUUAUCAGCGUCAUAAAAGCUGAUAGUAUUUCAACCACAUAAAAUAUGCAUCCAAGCCGAACUGAAAUCUUAUCAGAAACAUGUUGGGUCGUUUUCACAGCUUUCUAUUUCCUUACAACCGGUCAAACUGAUGUCAUUUGGAAAUUCUGCACAGAAAAUCUUUCCCGUUUUUUUGUUGAGUUAGUGCAUUUUCUCCCCGGUCCCUAAACAUCUUUGCUCAGCAAAAGAAGCAGAGAUAACAGAGAACUGCAUCAAUGUCAGCUAGAUUGAAGCAUUCAUUCUAUUGAUUUAUAACGUUAUUCUGGUGAGCAAGGGUUUAUUUAGUCUUCUAAGGCAACAUAUAAUGACAGAAGAGAAGCUACAUCUAUCUAAUUAUAGACAAGGUGACUAACAAAUAGCCAAAAAUGUUGGAAAUUAUAAGCAGAAACAUCUAAUUUAGGCCCCCCAAAAAAAUCCUGCACCCCUGUCAAAAAAUCUUUCCGCCGUCUCUGGCUGUAUCCUACAGAGCAUGUUCUAUAUUAGCUGGUUAGGGGUUGGGUGCGGGCCUCUGAUUUCCACGUUAUCACAUACAUGUAUAGUCAGGCGGUUGCGGAUGGGUUAUUAGCAAUUGCGGGUGGGUGCGGGUGACCAAACAGCUGACCCAACGCACCACUAAUUUCCCAAACUGAAACACUGUGCUUUUUAUGCAACAAGUACAGAACACACAGCCAUGUGCUUCCCUCCACUCUGGUACACAACGCUCCAUGUAGAUAUUCUGUGGUCUAAACCUGUCUUGUUUCUCCUGUUUCCAGUUCAACUUUGUGGGAAAGAUCCUUGGCCCUCAGGGCAACACAAUCAAACGCCUUCAGGAGGAGACUGGGGCCAAGAUCUCUGUACUGGGUAAAGGUUCCAUGAGGGACAAAGCCAAGGUGAGAGAGCUGAUGUACACCUUUUACACACACCUGUCAUAUUAUACACACCUGUCAUAUUAUACACACCUGUCAUAUUACACACACCUGUCAUAUUAUACACACCUGUCAUAUUAUGCACACCUGUUAUAUUAUACACACCUGUCAUAUUACACACACCUGUCAUAUUAUAUACACCUGUCAUAUUAUAUACACCUGCCAUAUUAUACACACCUGUCAUAUUGUACACACCUGUCAUAUUAUACACACCUGUCAUAUUACACACACCUGUCAUAUUAUACACACCUGUCAUAUUAUGCACACCUGUCAUAUUAUAUACAGCUGUCAUAUUACACACACCUGUCAUAUUAUACACACCUGUCAUAUUAUGCACACCUGUUAUAUUAUACACACCUGUCAUAUUACACACACCUGUCAUAUUAUAUACACCUGUCAUAUUAUAUACACCUGUCAUAUUAUACACACCUGUCAUAUUAUACACACCUGUCAUAUUAUACACACCUGUCAUAUUAUACACACCUGUCAUAUUAUACACACCUGUCAUAUUAUAUACACCUGUCAUAUUAUAUACACCUGUCAUAUUAUACACACCUGUCAUAUUAUACACACCUGUCAUAUUAUACACACCUGUCAUAUUAUACACACCUGUCAUAUUAUACACACCUGUCAUAUUAUACACACCUGUCAUAUUAUACACACCUGUCAUAUUAUACACACCUGUCAUAUUACACACACCUGUUAUAUUAUACACACCUGUCAUAAUACACACACCUGUCAUAUUACACACACCUGUCAUAAUACACACCUGUCAUAUUGUAUACACCUGUCAUAUACACCUUUAUGUACAGUGAGGGAAAAAAGUAUUUGAUACCCUGCUGAUUUUGUACGUUUGCCCACUGACAAAUAAAUGAUCAGUCUAUAAUUUUAAUGGUAGGUUUAUUUGAACAGUGAGAGACAGAAUAACAACAAAAAAAUCCAGAAAGACUCAUGUCAAAAGUGUUAUAAAUUGAUUUGCAUUUUAAUUAGGGAAAUACGUUUUUGACCCCCUCUCAAUCAGAAAGAUUUCUGGCUCCCAGGUGUCUUUUUUACAGGUAACGAGCUGAGAUUAGGAGCACACUCUUAAAAGGGAGUGCUCCUAAUCUCAGCUUGUUACCUGUAUAAAAGACACCUGUCCACAGAAGCAAUCAAUCAAUCAGAUUCCAAACUCUCCACCUUGGCCAAGACCAAAGAGCUCUCCAAGGAUGUCAGGGACAAGAUUGUAGACCUACACAAGGCUGGAAUGGGCUAACAAGACCAUCGCCAAGCAGCUUGGUGAGAAGAUGACAACAAUUUGUGCAAUUACUCACAAAUGGAAGAAAACACAAAAGAACUGUCAAUCGCCCCAAUUACUAUUUACAAUUCAUCACGUCAUGGGUGAGCUCACCAUUGAUCGAAAUAAUUUAGUGAAAGACCUUCUAAAAAAUCGAAAGUAAUCCGACGAUGGGUAGUUUGUGCGAGCCACCAUGUUUGUUUUUCCGCGUCAACCAAGGAUAAGAAGAGAAGACAGGAUGAGGUUGGUCUGUUGGUCACCUCAUUAUAACUUCUUUGGUCUGACAGACGUUUACGUGACACCCACAAUGCAUUGUAUAACGUCAACAACCAUGGCGCCACACAUAGCUCAGUUGGCGUAGUCCCCUGUAGCUCAGUUGGUAGAGCAUGGCGCUUGCAAUGCCAGGGGUUGUGGGUUCGUUUCCUACGGGGGGGGGGGGCAGUAUGAAGAAUGUAUGCACUCACUAACUAAGUCGCUCUGGAUAAGAGCGUCUGCUAAAUGACAAAAAAAUUAAAAUAAUUGCUGCCAAAUAGCUCAUCAUAAAGCAAAUGUCUGCACACUUGAUCUGCGGAAACACUGGGGAGGUGCUUGGGCUCUGGUCGAAGAGAGAAGUUUGGCCGGCUCAGUAAAGCCUCAAACAUAAAUUGUCCGCAACAGUGAAACAGGCUACUUAUAUCUGAAUUAAUGAGGCGGAAUACACCUCAAUUCAAACUAUUGUUAGAAAAUAACAUUUGUUAGAAAAUUAUUUUAAAUUGACAAGUUGAAACACAGCCUAUAGAUAAUUGUUACGGUCGUUGAGAGACGGGUCAGACCAAGGCGCAGCGUGAAAUGCAUACAUGUUUAUUAAACUGACUAAACAUACAAAAACAACAAAAGGCAAUGAAACGUGACGUCGGAAGGCUAUACACUAACAAGCCCAAACUCACCGAACACAAACAAGAUCCCACAACACAGGCAGGAAAACUGGCUGCCUAAGUAUGAUCCCCAAUCAGAGACAACGAGCGACAGCUGCCUCUGAUUGGGAAUCACACCCGGCCGAACAUAGAAAUACAAACAUAGAAUGUCCCCAUAGAAAACACACACAUGAUAUUCACACCCUGACCAAACUAACUAGAGUUCUAUAGAUCAGGGCGUGACAAUAAUUAGCAGGCAGCGCGUGUUAACUGUCCUGUUGCGCAACAAUCACAUUUUGGAACAGUGAGUACAUUCAGACAUCAAAUGCAUAAAACAACUCACGCUGGGGUGACCGUUAGAGAUAUUUACAUUACAUUUUAGUCAUUUAGCAGACGCUCUUAUCCAGAGCGACUUACAGGAGCAAUUAGGGUUAAGUACCUUGCUCAAGAGCACAUCAACAGAUUUUUCACCUAGUCGGCUCGGAGAUUAGAACCAGCGACCUUUCGGUUACUGGCACAACGCUCUUAACCACUAAGCUACCUGCCGCCCACAUUUGGAACCCACAUGUGAAAAGGUUAAUAACCUCUCUAACUGUCCUGUGUUGUUGUGUUUCAGGAGGAGGGUCUGAGGAAAGGUGGUGAGCCCAAGUACGCGCACCUGGCUAUGGAGCUGCAUGUCUUCAUCGAGGUGUUUGCCCCCGUGCCCGAGGCUUACCUACGCAUGGCACACGCCAUGGAGGAAGUCAAGAAGUUCCUCUUUCCUGUGAGUGGAAUAGACUCUUAUUAAGUGUGGUGGUUCUGUAAGAUGCAGUUCUGUGUUUGAUCCCUUUUAUUUCCUUGUCUGCCCCUGCAGUACACUCUAGAAAUACAAAAAUAAAGGUGGAAGUUGGAACCAAAUAAGGUUCUUGAGAGCGCUGCAAUACGGGAACCAUUUUAGUGUCUCUGAAGAACCACAAAUGGGAAGGUUCUUUGAAGCACCAGACAAAAAUCCCUCUAGGACCAGAGUUGCUGUAUGGUUUUAAGCCAUAUUUGCAUAUUUCCCAGGGUGCCUUUCAAGAUAAUUUUAGAGUUACCAGUACCACUCAUGACUGUGUUUGCUAGUGACAGAGACAUGGUUGUUGCAUUCAAUCAUUUUCAGUCCUGUGGCAUUCACCAAGUGAGAUCAUAAGUGAACAUGUUGUCAUUAAAAUCAUAUACUUUAAGACAAUGCAAUACAUAUUUCAUAAGGUCUUCUUUUGAGGGCCUAGUUUUACUCUAAACAGUGGCCUGAAACGUAUAGUUUGAUGAACCAUCUAAACUGGAACUACCCUUUCAGUAACGGUUCCAAUAAGUCCAAGUAACAGAUUGGAAUAGUUUAGAAAAAUGUAUGUAUUUAUAUUUGAGUAGCAUAACAUUAAUUAAUCAAUCAAUGUACAUGCGAAAACAUAGAUAUUGAAACAAACAAUUCCUAAAAAUCAACCUGCAAUAAAGCAUGCUGGGAAAUAUGAUAAUGAUGGGCGUGGUUUUGAACACUGGGGUUCUUUUUACACCACUGAGUGUUAAUUUAACUCUUUACAGUGUUUAUUUAACUCUUGAAUCAACACUAUAAAUGUUACACUGAAAAAUCAACACUAGUUAAGACUGGCCAAUUAGCUGUGUGCUUUGAAAGGGACACAUCUGCAGGCUUCCAUACAUUUCAAGAACCUUUUAGAAUUCUAUAGAACCGUAGACGCCACGACAAGAACCCCACACUUAACUCAAAGGUUCUUUAUCGGACAAGAGUUCUCCAAGGAACCUUAAGAGUUGAGGAAGAACCAUUUAAGAAACGUUUUUUUUUUUUCAGUGUAUCUUGUCAAGGUUGUGAUCAUCAAAAACUGUAGAAUUUUUAUUAGGCAAGUGCAGGUUACUUUUCAAGACACAAAGAAAAUUGCUAUUUUUUUUUUCAUUAUUUGUAUGAAAUGGUUUUGAUACCUAAAGAGUUAUCAAAUGCUAUUGAUUGGUCUGUUUGACACAAUAGACCAAGCAAGCGCCACGUCAUUAGACGGACUGAACGACGGAUGUGUCUGCUUACCUGGAAUAACCAGCCUUGAUAGGGCAGCGAGCCUGAGCCUACAAACUAUCAGCUUAAAAAUAAUUGGGACACUUUCACCGUGGCAGCACUUUCACCGUGGCAGCAGUGUGCCUCCCAUAUGGCUCUACAUGACCGUAAGCCUCCUGUGUUAAAAGAGGCCCCAGAGGAGGGUGGUGCUGCCCCUGGACACUCAUCUAACUGCCGAGGUACAUUGGGGCAUCUGGAAAACAGCUUUUAACUGCUUCACUGGAUGUGUAGCAAUGCCAGCAUAAGCAGAAUUCUCACGAAGCCAUGUUGUUUACUCCCAGGUUUCAUUGAAAUUAAAGAGGUUACACAUACAGGUUUUGCAGGCGUUUUGUUCUGGCGUAGGCCAAGAUCAGUGCACCGAUACGAAAAAAAUAAAAUAAAUGGUACAUUUUUUGUACAAUGGUACAAAAAAAAUAUUUAAAAACAUUUUGUUAUCCUAGAUCUGUUUCUGUGGAGACUUUGAGCUACAGCAUUCUAAGAAAAUGUCCCCGAGCUCAACUCAGGUGGCCCAUUCCUAUAGCAUUGGGGACUGCCAUGCUGCCUCUAAUACUUUGGAAGGAUUCCAAGCUGGAGAAUUAUGGUCGGAAUUCUGGAAGCUGAUGAACUUGUUUGAAUAUUGCUAUCCUACAGAUGUAGGAUCUUAAUUUGAUCACCCUGUUGUUGCAGGAAAUGUCCUUUACAGCAGGAAAUGCAAACUUGUAUUGUAUUCGAGGCUUCUAAAGUUAGUAAUUUCCACUUAAACAUUUCUGACUAAAAAAUGUAUCAACCCCUACAAAAAUGUCCAUGAAUGAUAAUCUACACAAUAAUUCACAUUUCGUCUGGCUGCAGGAAUAUUUUCCUGCUGUGAGAAACUGGUCAAAUUAAUAUCCUAUAUCUGUAGCUAGGCAGUAUUAACUUAAUUUACCUGGAAAGAAGACGCAUAGAUCAUAUAGGUUAGACUCGUUUGUUUGGUUCGUAUGGGUAAAUGUAAAGCAGUGAUUUGGUGUAACAGUGCGAUUAUCAAGACAAACUUGUUUAGAUGUUAUUGUAGCGCUUUGUAUUACGUCCAUCAUCCAUCAGCUUAGCUAGCUUAAUUUGUCUAGUUUGAAGUGGGUCGAUUUUUUCUAAACUGGGGAAGGCAGUCUGUCUCUCUCCCUGGCCCCUAAAAACCCUCUGUUAGCCUUAAUAAUGAGUUAGCUUAGGUAGGAACGGUCCAGUGUAUAGCAGCGUAUUAACUGUCUACCUCGUUAAACGAAGGCAAUGCCGUGUUGCUCUUGGUUAAUGCGGAAUCAGACAAAAUGGUUGUUUUCUGGGUGUUGUCACUCUAGAGAUAAAUGGAGAACAGCCAGCCUGCCUGCGCUCAAUAUUAUAUUAUAUAACAUAUAAUAAUAAUAUAUAUAUAAUAUUAUAUAUAUUAUAUAACAUAUAAUAAUAUAUAUAUAUAUAAUAUUUUAGUAUCGCAGCUCCCUAUUACUUGCAUAGUGACCAGGGCUGUUAUUUAUCUGUAUUUAUCUAGUAAUGGGAAUAGUAUCAGGAUGGGUGCCAUUUGAGACGCAUUCUCAGGGGGAAAAAAAAAAAAGCAUUGAUUGGGUCGCGGUUCUACCCCCAAAAUGACUCUUUGGAGAAAGACUAUGUUUGAUGCUUGGUGUGUGAAUGGUUCUCUACUGCAGGAGUCUGUAUCAUUUAUUUAUCUGUUUCAAAUUUAACCUCUGCAAUAAACAGACGAAUAUAUGGUAGAUUUAGCACUAGGGUACAUUCACUAGUUAUUUUACCUUUCUUGCUUAUGUAGGGACUAGGGUGGUGCGUAUGCGCACACACACACACACACACGCACACGCACACACACACACGCACACACACACACACACACACACACACACACACACACACACACACACACACAUGCACACACACACGCACACACACACACACAUGCACACACACACACACAUAUGUACACUGUUUUAAAAGGCUUUAUGAGACAAGCUCUUUAUUGCCUGCUGCCUUGCUCUUUUAGUCAUUAGAGGAAGGCUUUGUAUCACUUUCCUCUCUCUCCAUGUUACCCCUCCUCCCCAUUUUUUUUUCCCUAUUUUUUUCUCCCUCAUAUUCCCUCCGUUCCUUCAGACUCAUCUUUUCUGUUUUUUCCCUUCAAGUCUUCCAUAUCUCUUCUUUUUUUCACCCCACCGUCCCUAUCCUCUUUCUCUUCUUUAGUUCUCAACUCUCUCCUCUCCUCUUCUGUCGCCCUGCCUCGAUCGAUCCCCUCGAACUUCGCUCUUGACAGCGGUAGCGUCGCUAUCUCUCUCUCUCCUCUCUCGAGCUCUCCUCUCUUCUCCUCUCAUCUCCUCUCUUCUCUCUCUCGCUACCCCUCUCUUUCUCUCUUCUCCCUUCUCUUCUCUCUCCACUCUCUUCUCUCUAUCUAGAUCUCGCUCUCUCUCUCUCUUGACUGCUCUUCUCUCUGAUACCUCCGGCUUCCCUUCCCCUUUCUAUUCUUCUCUCGGCGGAUGACUCUGUCAGGAACAGUUCAUGGAGAUGGGUUAUCUGAACGGGGGCCAGGAUCACGGGCCAGGUGCCCCACGAGGCAGAGGAGGACCACCGGGCCCUAGGGGCCGAGGAGGACCACCGGGACAACGAGGAGCACCCAGGUAACCAGACACACAGACACACAGACACACAGACAGACACACAGACAGACUCAUGAUGACAUUUAUCAAGGUGUCUGAUGAGAAGUCUGAUCAAAUAAAGCUUCUCCUUCCUCCUUCUUUCUUCCUCCAUCUCUCCAGGGGUAGAGGUAUGCCCCCACGUGGAGGAGGUGCACCCCGCGGCGGGCCAGCCAGAGGCGGGGUAGUGAGGGGGGCACCGGCAGGAAGAGGGGGACCUCCAGCCGCCCCCGCCAGAGGGGCAGCAGCGCCCCGAGCCAGACCCCCUGCCCCUGGGGGACCACCGAGGAUGCCCCCUCCACCCCUCCACCAACACCAGAACCAACAGCACCAACACGCACCUGAACAAUAUGAGGAAUAUGUAAGUUAAAAUGUGACCGACCGCCUUGACUCGUCUUAUGUAGCAACAUUUGAAAUUGUGUUUUUUUACAUUGGAUAAAAGCAGAGACACAGAGCUACAACAUGGUAUAUCAUGCACUGCAUUUAAGGGAACAAUGGGAAAGUAAUUCUGCUUUGGAAGUUGAUAAACUUGUAACCUCACUUUUGAGAAAAUGGCCUUUGAAUGUUUUGGUACCUACUGGAGAGCUCUUCUUUGUCUCCACCCAUUCAGCAUCGUUCACACCCUCUUAAGCGUUAGCCCCACCCAUCUCUUUAAGUGUUGAUCCGAGCGUUCUGUGCUAACAACAGCAGUCAAGCACCCAAACUAACUGGCUAACGUUGGCUAGCUUGCUAGCUACUUCCAGACAUAAAUGAGAAAACAGCUCACUGACCAUUUUACUCGCCCUAGCAGAGCUGGUUAGGCUGUUUUUAAGUUAUCCAGAGCGUUGGUGACUGCAACUGUGCUGCUGGCAACAAUUUACGCUUUUUUGCCAAUGUUUACUGACACCGGCCAUAUUCAACGGGUGUUGAGCGUUCAUAAAUUUGCCAGUUAUUCUGCGCUCUGACACACUCAGACGAGACUGCUCUGAAAUCAGAGUAGAUAACCAAAGCGAAUUUACCAGCUACGUCUAUCAACAGUUGUCACGGUGACAUUCUAUUGAAAUGGUUACUUGCAGAGUGGAGUCUUUUGUUAAGACAUGUAGCUAGCUAGCUAGGUAAACAAUGAACCAUAAUCCCAACUCAUGACGUUACUACCCUGCAUGAAUCUGCAGGUAGCUAACGAACCAGGUUCAAUGUUAGCUAGCUAACAUUAGGCUAUAACUAGCAAAGCAAAUGGCUCUGCGAUACAAAUAAUAUUACUACACAGAUCAUACACGUAGCGUUAGCUAGCUGACCUAACAACAGCAGUCAAGCACCCAAGCUAACUGGCUAACAUUGGCUAGCUUGCUAGCUACUUCCAGACACAAAUGAGAGAACAGCUCACUGACCAUUUUACUCGCCCUAUUGAAAUGGAUACUUGCAUAGUGGAGUCUUUUGUUACGACAUGUAGCUAGCUAGCUAAACAAUUAACCAUAAUCCCAACUCAUGAUGUUACUACCCUGCAUGAAUCUGCAGGUAGCUAACCAACCAGGUUACAUUUAAGCUAGCUAACAUUAGGCUAUAACUAGCAAAGCAAAUGGCUCUGAGAUACGAAUAAUAAGAUUAUACACGUAACAUUAGCUAGCAAGCCAGCCAGCUAACGUUAGCUAGCUAGCUAACAGUACACUUUAACUUUAAAUGAAAAUGACUUUCUGUGAAAAUUAGAAACAUGUAAUAUCCGAAAAUGUAGCUAGCUAGACUAUCUUACCCGUAUACAUCAUGGAUGGACGCUUCUCCCUGUCACAGAUGCAAUGUUUGCCCGUAGUUUGAAGAUGUAAUCCGGAGACAGGUGUUUUCUCCAUCUCCUUUGAUUUCAAAACUCGGUCGAGCAACACUUAUGCAGUUCUACUACGCAAUAUAUAUAUUUUUUAAUCCGCGUUAGAAGGAUUACCUACACAUACUUACCAGCUCAAAUAGACAGAAGCGUGCUAUAUGGCAGACCAAUCUGAACUCAUUUCUCGGCAUGUCCAGCCCACUCAUUAUCUCAGCCAAUCAUAGCUAGCAGGAAGGUUGCUGUCUUUAUCUGUGGCUAAACCAACUAGGCUCAUAAUUUAACAAUUUUAUUCAUAUUUAAAGAUGGCAUACAAGUUUGUUAUUAAGGCACAUGAAAGUUCACAUGUUCCAGAAGGCAUUUCUGCCCACAAACACAUUUUGUUUAAAAAAAUAAAAGUUUACGUUCAAAUGGCUCUCCUGUGAAGUACUGACCCGCGACAUACGCCUAGUUUCCUGAAACGAGUCACAAAUAUCAAUUAAUUUUAAUACGACUGUUUAGUCCUUUGUCAUUCCAUGAUACAUGUAUUAUUCCAAGUUUUCCAUGAUGUUUAUUAGCUAGUUGAUUUUUCGACCCAUCAUGUUAUAAUUAUGAAGUUACAUUGUAACAAUGAUUCAGAGAACAUGUAGGGUCAAACCUUCAUUUUGUAAAGCUUUGAAGCCUAUAAUGAACAAUUUAAGAAUGUAAUCUGGUUAGUUAUUUAACCCUAAUUUAUCCAGGUUAGUUUAAAUCUAUUUCACCAGGGAGAUCAGAUCCAGGCCAAGACAGUGCUAGUAGUGGGAGCUGACUAGUAAUGUGUUAUUGUAGAGAGCAUAUCGAGUGAAGCAAAAGCCUUGCUAGGUCUACCUUUUAUAAGACAUUGGUACAAUGGCAUUUUAAGAACUACCCCUGUUAUAUUUGGAUUCACAUUUAUUUUAUGUACCUCUUUUUAUUUUGUAUUUUGUAUUUUUUACCUUUAUUUAGUUCUGAUUUACAACUGCGACCUGGCCAAGAUAAAGCAAAGCAGUGCGAUAAAAACAACAACACAGAGUUACAUAUGGGGUAAAACAAAACAUAAAGUCAAAAAUACCACAGAAAAUAUAUAUACAGUGUAUGCAAAUGUAGCAAGUUAUGGAGGUAAGGCAAUAAAUAGGCCAUAGUGCAAAAUAAUUACAAUUAGUAUUAACACUGGAAUGAUAGAUGUGCAAGAGAUUAUGUGCAAAUUAGCAAAAUAAAUAACAAUAUGGGGAUGAGGUAGUUGGGUGGGCUAAUUUCAGAAGGGCUGUGUACAGGUGCAGUGAUCGGUAAGCUGCUCUGACAACUGAUGCUUAAAGUUAGUGAGGGAGAUAAGAGUCUACCAGCUUCAGAGAUUUUUGCAGUUCGUUCCAGUCAUUGGCAGCAGAGAACUGGAAGGAAUGGCGGCCAAAGGAGGUGUUGGCUUUGGGGAUGACCAGUGAGAUAUACCUGCUGGAUCGCAGACUACGGGUGGGUGCUGCUAUGGUGACCAAUGAGCUAAGAUAAGGCAGAGAUUUGCCUAGCAGUGAUUUAUAGAUGGCCUGGAGCCAGUGGGUUUGGCGACGAAUAUGUAGUGAGGACCAGCCAACAAGAGCGUACAGGUCACAGUGGUGGGUAGUAUAUGGGGCUUUGGUGACAAAACGGAUGGCACUGUGAUAGACUACAUCCAAUUUGAUGAGUAGAGUGUUGGAGGCUAUUUUGUAAAUGACAUCGCCGAAGUCAAGGAUAGGUAGGAUAGUCAGUUUUACGAGGGCAUGUUUGGCAGCAUGAGUGAAGGAGGCUUUGUUGCGAAAUAGGAAGCCGAUUCUAGAUUUAACUUUGGAUUGGAGAUGCUUAAUGUGAGUCUGGAAGGAGAGUUUACAGUCUAACCAGACACCUAGGUAUUUGUAGUUGUCCACAUACUCUAGGUCAGACCCGUCGAGAGUUGUGAUUCUAGUCGGGCGGGCGGGUACAAGCAGCGUUCGAUUGAAGAGCAUGCAUUUAGUUUUACUAGUGUUUAAGAGCAGUUGGAGGCUACGGAAGGAGUGUUGUAUGGCAUUGAAGCUCGUUUGGAGGUUUGUUAACACAGUGUCCAAUGAAGGGCCAGAUGUAUACAAAAUGGUGUCGUCUGUGUAGAGGUGGAUCUGAGAGUCACCAGCAGCAAGAGCGACAUCAUUGAUAUACACGGAGAAAAGAGUCGGCCCAAGAAUUGAACCCUGUGGCACCCCCAUAGAGACUGCCAUAGGUCCAGACAACAGGCCCUCGCAUUUGACACAUUGAACUCUAUCUGAGAAGUAAUUGGUGAACCAGGCGAGGCAGUCAUUUGAGAAACCAAGGCUAUUUAGUCCACCAAUAACCUCUGGGUUAAGGUUUGGUAAUCGCAGCUCAGUACCUCUGGGUUAAGGUUUGGUAAUCACAGCUCAGUACCUCUGGGUUAAGGUUUGGUAAUCGCAGCUCAGUACCUCUGGGUUAAGGUUUGGUAAUGGCAGCUCAGAACCUCUGGGUUAAGGUUUGGUAAUGGCAGCUCAGAACCUCUGGGUUAAGGUUUGGUAAUGGCAGCUCAGAACCUCUGGGUUAAGGUUUGGUAAUGGCAGCUCAGAACCUCUGGGUUAAGGUUUGGUAAUGGCAGCUCAGAACCUCUGGGUUAAGGUUUGGUAAUCGCAGCUCAGUAACUCUGGGUUAAGGUUUGGUAAUGGCAGCUCAGUACCUCUGGGUUAAGGUUUGGUAAUGGCAGCUCAGAACCUCUAGGUUAAGGUUUGGUAAUGGCAGCUCAGUACCUCUGGGUUAAGGUUUGGUAAUGGCAGCUCAGAACCUCUGGGUUAAGGUUUGGUAAUGGCAGCUCAUGGUACACAACAUUGCAGUAAAACAUUGGGCGGCAGGUAGCUUAGUGGUUAAGAGCGUAGUGCCAGUAACCGAAAGGUCGCUGGUUCUAAUCCCCGAGCCGACUAGGUGAAAAAUCUGUCGAUGUGCCCUUGAGCAAGGCACUUAACCCUAAUUGCUCCUGUAAGUCGCUCUGGAUAAGAGCGUCUGCUAAAUGACUAAAAUGUAAAAAAAUGUAAAACCAGCUCUAUUACAAACUCUAUAACAGACUCUGAUUGCUCCAUAAUGGAAGUUCUUCUUUGCCAAUUUAUUUACAGUCUAGAACUCAUCUACAGGUGAAUGGAGUUACAGUCUAGAACUCAUCUACAGGUGAAUGGAGUUACAGUCUAGAACUCAUCUUCAGGUGAAUGGAGUUACAGUCUAGAACUCAUCUACAGGUGAAUGGAGUUACAGUCUAGAACUAAUCUACAGGUGAAUGUAGUUACAGUCUAGAACUCAUCUAUAGGUGAAUGGAGUUACAGUCUAGAACUCAUCUACAGGUGAAUGGAGUUACAGUCUAGAACUAAUCUACAGGUGAAUGGAGUUCAGGACAAGGAUCACAUAUAGGAUCACAUAUAGGAUCACGGAAAGGAGCACGGAAAGGAAAUGAUCACAUAAAGGCAUGCUUUUCUGCCCUCUCCCUCUGCUAAUCUUUCUGACCCCCUCUCUCUCUCUCUCUCUCUCUCUCUCUCUCUCUCUCUCUCUCUCUCUCUCUCUCUCUCUCUCUCUCUCUCUCCCUCUCUCUCUCUCCCCUUCUCACUAGGCCUAUGAUGAGAGCUACACAGAGCCAGCGUACGAGUCAUACGACAAUUACUACAGUCAACCACAGGCGUGAGUCACCAAUCUCUCCAUCUAUUGGCAACAAACCACACACAUGCAUACACACACACUAGCGCACACUCUGGCCUCCUUGCUCUUCACGGUUACACUUACCCUACUUACUAACUGGAUUAUUGAGUUAUGGGGAACGUAGGGACUGAAAUAGGCUAUAUUUCUGAAUUCAUACGGAUGAACUUUCCUACCCCUGUGGUAGGAUUAUUUUGAGUCUACGUGUUCUUUAAUUGGAGAAAGAGAUGGGCUGCUGUCUUCAGCUAACUGUGACUAGGUUAUCGCUUGGCUAACAUCAGUUAUUAAAGCUAUUCUAUUUACAUAUUAAGUGAUUUUUAUGAAUGAAAUGUAACUCAAACUCGCUUGGGUUUGCAUUUCUGGUUAGCUUGAUAAGCUAGUUAGCAACCUACCUGGUUAGCUUGAUAAGCUAGUUAGCAACUUACCUGGUUAGCUUGAUAAGCUAGUUAGCAACCUACCUGGUUAGCUUGAUAAGCUAGUUAGCAACCUACCUGGUUAGCUUGAUAAACUAGUUAGCAACCUACCUGGUUAGCUUGAUAAGCUAGUUAGCAACCUACCUGGUUAGCUUGUUUAGCCGGCUAGCUUGGUGUGCUUCUAUUUGAAAUGUUAUUUUUCCCAUGUUUUUCCUCUUAGAGAGCCAGAGUACUAUGAAUAUGGACACGGAGAGGCACAGGAGACAUAUGAACCCUACGGUAAGACAUCACUACUCCACUCUAAAGCCAAACCUCUCACCCUUUAUGGGUGAGGGAAAUCUGUUUUCUGUCUUGAUUAUUGCUCUCGGCGUGUGCCAACAUGUGGUUUUUGUUUCUGUAGUCGGUAAAUUUCACGAAUAAUGCUGACAACAACAAUGUGUUCAAUACAUCCUUGUUGAAGUGCGCUUGGGAACCAGAAGGAAAUUGUGUCAGUUGGAGAUGUCUACUUGACGGCCAAGCUCGUUUUGUAAUUUCUGUUUUUGUCUAUGUCUGUCUGUUCUGUGUGUGUGUGGUUCACCCCUCUAGCCCAGCACGACUGGAACGGGGCCCAGAGAGCGGCACCGGGGGGAAAGGUCCCACCUUCCAGAGCGGCUAAGGGCCCUUACCGAGAACACCCCUAUAGACAAUACUGAACUCACCAUGACAACGCCUAGCGACCAACGCUACUACCGUUAACGAGUUGCCCUGACAACCAACCACCAACCUGUCUACCACGGCAACUCUCGCUCUAAGCAACCUUCGAAAAAAGUAAUUGUCCGUUUGGUUUUGGUUUGGUAUUUUCUACUACGCUGGACUUUUACAUACAGAAAAUGAGGAUCUUGACUGAUUGAAGCUGGUUUGAUAUUUCAUUCAGAGCGACCCUAAAGCAUUUUUUAGAUGGGUUAGAGAAGAUAACUGUAUUUUAGUUUUAGUUUGGUUUGAAGUUUUAGUUAAUCUGUUUUUAUCUCUGACCCUAUCUCUCCCUUGGCUUUUUUUGCAUUGUUGACCGUAACCUUUUUUUAAAAACAUUUUGGAUUUAAACUCAUUUCUAGUGGAGUUAGAGACUGCUUAUCCACUUGUUAGCAUCUUAAGAAAACCAUUUUAAUUAUUUUGUUAAAAAAUACUUUUAAGGGACAGUUGCAGAUUCCCAUUUAGGCUACAUUUCAAAAUUCUGUUUUAAUAUAGCAAAGUAAAAGAAACGUCAACGCUGUUUCAAUUAUGUAAUAUAGACCAAACAAAAACUUUAAAUCAAGUCAAAGGAAACAGUAAAAACAAACAAAUGUUAAUGGGAUUUGCAGCAGCGAUCUAUUCAUUCUUGAUUUAUAAUUCAUAUUUGUUUUAAAUAGUAUUUAAUUAAAAGUUGUACAUUUAGACUUAGGCAGCAGGGAUUAUAUAAUGAUAUUUUGUCAUUGUACAUUAGAGUUUUGAAAUAUAGGCCUAAUAACCACUGUUGAGAUGGACUGUCCUCACAUACUUCAUUUGUUUAUUAAAGUUGUUCAACAAUUUAAGUUAAUUUAAUUAUGGCUCUACAGUCAAUUUCUUAUUAGAAGCAGAAUAUGGUCUUAGAUUGGCCUCAUGAUAAAAGAAAACAUCACGUGUCAGAACAGGAUCUUAUUGGUUGAUUCGAGUCUAUAAACUGCCUGUGAAAAAUGACGCAAUGAAGGAUUGGGACAAAAAUCUCCACAUGGGUUUUCUCUUUAUACAGAGAAGGGAUCCUGCAGUUUAUUAAUCUGAUCUCUUGUACAUACUUAAAAAAAACGUCCAAACUGUACGUAUCCACUAUUCUGCCACUGGUAUAUAGUGGCUUGCGAAAGUAUUCACC